UUGACAGUGGUAAACAGACGUCAGAAGGGAGUCUUCGCCUCGAGUCAAAACAAAACAAAACAAAACAAGUCAAAAAGACAGUGAAGGAGCUGAUAUUUGGACAGACACACCGACAGGAACUUUUACAAAAGUCGUCUCUGAAUAAAAGCCGCUACUUGGUGGAAGUUACCGGAGGCAUUUCACGGACUUUUCCCCGGAUUGUAAACUCUGGAGUAGCAGGAGCUUAACCAGCUAACGUUACGGAGGCUAUCGUGCUGUUUUCAAAGUGCGGCGAGUGGGAGACCGACAGACCUCCGAAACCACACAACUUCACACAACACCCGGGAAAUCGUUUUUGUACUUAGUUUACCGAGACCCACCGGCGGGGAUCGUCCGAGCUCCGGGCCCCGGUCGAGGGGGUUUUAUAGCCGCCUCUCCGAGCAUCGUGUGCCGCGGCAGCAGUGUGGAGAAACAUGGCAGAUGGUGACAUGCGCCUGGCCGCAAUGUGGCGGAUCGUGCAGACCUGAAGGCAACACGGACCUUUUCUCACGUACAUUUCUCUCAUCUUUAGACUUUGUUUUUCUACGUUUUUUUUUUUAUUAAUGAACUUAAACACUAUUUAACACUUGAACCCACUCUGCCUCCUCCUCCUCCUCCUCUUCCUCCUCACCCGACCUUCCUCUGGUUCAGUCACAGCGGCUUUAAACAGGCCAAAGGGACCCGGACAACGUCUCCACACUCAGUUUAUACUUUGUUUUUGGGGGCGAAUAAACCCGUUGCUGGGACAAUCUUCUGUUUCCACACUUUGCUUUCGUUUAUCCGGACUGUGUUGUGACUGUUUGAGGGACCUUUGUGUUGUUUUUUUUAAACUUUGGGUCGAGUUGUUUGGCUUGUGGAGCUCCCAGACAUCACGUUGUUUACAAGUGUAGACGGACAGGGGCUCUCCUGAGUAGAUCCUUUGUAACAGUAGACAGCUAAUCCCUGUUUGUAGUCUUCAUAGCUUUACAGUAAAACAAAUCCCCAGUUUGACUGUUUUACAUAAUGAUUCAUUGGACACGUUUGGUACGAAUUAACCUUUAAUUUAGAUUUAUUCUCAGACACAUUGCCUUAAAUUGUCUUACACCUUUUACAACAUUAGACUGAUAUUGUUUGUUAAACAGGAAUGUCUUUAUUUUGUGUCCGUAUACCUUUGAGUUUUUAUCAUUCAUGUCCAGGUGAGCCAGAACCUCUGUAGAUCCAGAUGUUUUGGUGCUCAUUGCCACUCACUCUUUGUUUUUAUUUCAUUCAAACAAAGGGACUCUCCUCCCAGCCCUCCUUCAUUCUAUAUAAAUCGGAAGGUUUAUGAUAGUUACUAUUAAGGAGAUUAUUUGGGUUCCCUAAUCUCCAAUCUGAGGAUUAACCGAGGCUAUUGGUGUGUCCAGAUUAUUACGUCUCCUCUCCAGGCCCCUCUGUUUACACCCCCGCGGUGGGUCAACCAUAUUGUUUUUGUGUCAGUAACUUGUUGUUUUGGGGUUUUUUUUUAACGCCUCACUCGCUCAAAGUUACCUUUAAAAUUUAAAGGUAGAUGUUUUAAGAGGUCCCAUAUUUUCUUUGGUUGAGUGGACGUUCAGAGGACCGCCAUGGAGGAGUCGUCUGUGCCCCCCAUUGACCCAGAUUUCGAGCCUCAGAGCAGACCCCGCUCCUGCACGUGGCCCCUGCCGAGACCGGACAUCUCGGUUGUCAAACCGGAGGGCGCGGAUGGCACCGAGUCCGCCGCCGGGACCCCGCCCGCCGACGAGGACAAGCCCGAGCCGCAGCAAAUCACGUCCGAGCCAGAGAAGGCUGCUGCGGCGGCCGAGGGUGGGGUCGGGGCCGGCGUGGGCGGAGCCGGAGCGACGCCCCGCAAAGGAUCAUCCAGGCGCAACGCGUGGGGGAACCAGAGCUACGCUGAUCUGAUUAGUCAGGCCAUCGAAAACUCACCUGAGAAGAGACUGACACUGGCGCAGAUCUACGAGUGGAUGGUGAAAACAGUGCCUUACUUCAGAGACAAAGGAGACAGCAACAGCUCAGCCGGCUGGAAGAAUUCAAUUCGCCACAAUUUAUCACUCCACAACAAGUUCCUGAGGGUUCACAAUGAGUCCACAGGCAAGAGCUCCUGGUGGAUGCUCAACCCGGAAGGAGGGAAGACCGGGAAAGCUCCUCGCCGCCGGGCUGCCUCCAUGGACAACAGCAGCAAACUGCUGAAGAGCCGCAUGAGGGCCAAGCAGACCAAGAAGCAGGCGGGAGCAGCCGGCCUGGCGGGCGCUGGAGGGGUGCAGGGUGACGGCAGCACGGGCUCAGCGGGCGCAGACAGCCCAAAUUCGUCCCAGCAGUUUCCCAAAUGGGGGGUUAACAGCAGCAGCCCCUCGUCCCGCGGCAGCCUGGAUGACACCGACAUGUGGACCACGUUCCGCCCACGCACGAGCUCCAACGCCAGCACUCUGAGUGGACGCCUGUCCCCCAUCGCCCCUGGACAGGAGGACGAUGACAACCUGCCCGAGGACUCACUGCUGGGGAGAUACACUGCCAGCAGCUUGACCCCCACCCUCACCGAGACACUCAUGGAGGAGCUGGAUCUGAUCGACGGCCUUACAUUGAUGACGGGGCAGCAGGGAGGGGCCAGUCCCAGUACAGCCCCACCUGCACCUCCCACUCCGCUACCCUCCGCCUCCACUCUGCUGCCUCGCGGCUCCAGCUUCUCCUCCUUCCACCAGCUGCAGUCAUCCAACCUCCCGCAGGCCCCCGCUCACACCGGGACCCAGGCCUCCAUCUCUCAGUGUGGUCCCAGCAGCAAAGAGCCGUCGACCUUCAGCAACUCCCUCUUCAACCCCAUGUCCGGCUCCGGCUCUCGUGGGAGCGGCCAUUACAGCACCCACGUGCCUUCCAGCCUGGAGGCGCUGCUCACCUCCGACUCCCCUCCUCCGAGCGACGUCAUGAUGACCCAGGUGGAUCCCCUCAUGCCCAGUCCUGGAGGGGUGGGCAUGAUGGGCAUGGGCACGUCCGUGGUGGGUGUGAGGUCCAAACCCAAUCAGCUGCUGUUGGGUAAAGGACUGGAGCCGAACACGGUGGCACCGAUGGCGCUGCAGCAGCAUCACCUUCACCAGCAGCAGCCGCACCAGCAGCAGCAACAGCAGCCGCAGCAACAACACCAGCAUCACUCUCAGAUGGGGUUGGGGAUGAUCCUCUCAGGUAUGUCUCAGGACCCAUCACAGCUCUCUGCUCUCAAGGCCCAGCAUGCCACGGUGCCAGCGGUGGGCUCUCACCACGUCGCCUCAGCCAAUCCCAGCGUGAGCCUGCAGGGGAUGAGUCAGUUCGGAGCUCCGUCCUGCUUCCCGACCGGUCAGGACCGACUGCCCACAGACUUGGACAUUGACAUGUUCACCGAAAACCUGGAUUGUGACGUGGACUACAUCAUCAACAGUGACCUCAUGGACGGAGAUGGCAUUGACUUCAACUUUGACCCCAUACUGCCUGGAGGCCAAGGCUAUGCAGGCCCAGCCACCACACAGGGCUCCGCUCACAGCUGGGUACCCAGCUAAUUCCUCCGCUGACCACACGCAGUUAGCCAGGAACUGAUCACCAAUCAAGAUAACCUCACAGAACGAUAAAGCGACCGGUGCAUUACUCCUCCCUGCUGGCUGGAGAUACUAUUUUCAAAUACGAUGCUUCACUUUAAAGACAAAACCAGACCUCACCCAUGUCAUGUGCCAAGACAUGCAGAGGACAGGGAGGAGAUUCAGGCUACUAUGCACAAUUUUUCUCCCUUUUUGUUUUUUGAAAAAAAAAAAAUAACACUUGCAACGAUUUGGCUGCUAGCCGUUUUUUUUCUUUCUUUUAAUCUGAACUGAUGAUUUUUAAAAACGUGUGACAUAAAGUUUUUAGAGUGAAAAGACAAAUCAUUAACUUCCCUCUGCUGGGAGUUUAUAUUUCAGUUACACCAGAAUAGCUUUAGGGUGGAUACGGUACUCAAUGGCUUUGGUAUUGAAGACUCAAUGGACUGUGUGUUUUUGGAGAAAUGGCCAGUUUUCCUCUGACACUUGCCUCGCAUGAACUUGCCAGACCAAAUGCUGUUUGAUCUUCUGAAUAAAGGUGCCCCCAACUCUGCCGCACCACGACAAAAAGGGCUUCAUCGCAGGAGUCGGAGAAAACGUUGAGGAUUGUGAACAGGUGGAAGAUAAAGACCGGACGACUGGAGGUAUAAAAAGAUUCAGCAUUGGCUACACAUCUCCCCCAAUUGUGUCCUCGGACUACAGUAACAUGUUUGAUUUUAAGAUUUCUCACUUUAGAGGAAAAAGAAAAAAGAUAACGCAGUUUUUUUUCUCCAAUGAAAUUUGGUGAUUCAACAGUUAAGAGGGUAUGUAUUUGCAGUUUGGCAUUUUUGGUGUUAAGGUAGAUGUCAGUUAGAGGGUGUGUGUUUGUUGUUGUUGUUUUUUUUUUUUUUUAGAAAUCCCUGAUGUGCAGUUAAACUAACAAGAUGAAGAAAUGUGAUUUGUGAAUUUAUUACACAGGGCAUUCAAGGGUAAAUUUAUUUGCCAACAAGUGAUUGGUUGGCCAAGUAUUAUAUUGUCUCAGACAGCAGUAUGCCUCCAUUGUCAAAUGGUCUAACUGUUCUUUUCAUCGAGCCUGUGCGUUUUCAAAGCACUUAGGUUCCUGCGACACGGGGACCCAGAACGAGGAGAAUACAUCCACAUUAGGUUUUACCAUUUCAUAAAAAGAGUUUAAAUCCUGUAAAGAAAACAACAAUUUGAAUGUACACGUUGCACACGUACACAACGACACGCUAUGCAGAUUUAUCAGGAGAACUAGAUGAAAUCUUGAAGGAAAUCUGAAAAAGAAAAAAUCACUUCUUGAAGGGUUUUGCUAUUUAACAUUUUCCUGAUAUCUUGUCGGGGGGGUUCGAGGGGGGCUGCGGGUGUCAGAAUAUCCUCUCACACUUUUAUAUAUUCAGUACUUCAAUUAUUCAGUUCAAGGAAUUAAUUCACUGUGUGAGAAGUACAAAAAAAAAAGAAUAUAUUUGAUUAUAGUUUUAAUAUACAAUUUAGAUGGAGGUAAUAAAUGAGAUAUUAAUACAUAUGAAUAUAUUACUAAUGACAAGUGAUGUUUUUUUACAUUGGAAGAAGCAUUUUCAGAUAAUUUCUAACGGUAAUUUUCUAUACUUUUAUUUUUGUAAAGGAUGAGAUGCAUGUAGAUUUUUUUACAUAACCAAAGGAACACUAAUAUUUGCAUUUGCAUGGCAUUUAGGGAGCGCUUGGGCCUGACACAGUAUCUCGGUGUACAUAAGCUUUGCAAAUGAUGCCUGUAACAUGAAAUCUGACUUUGAAAGACGAGCGAUGCAAAGUGCAUCUAUACUUGACCGUUUGAACUCAAAUUCCCAAUGAUCUGCCUCAUUAUCUUCUGCAUUAGUUGUGAAUCCAAGUUUAAAAAGAUCAGCGCUGAAAUGUGGCACAAUGGAAAGAGAAACCUUCACUGUCCCACUUUUCAACAUGCCGCCAGAAUUCUCAUCUCAAAACGAGACUAAUACAACCGUUACCUCUCAGGGUUGCUCGCAAGAAAACCGACGGGAAAACAAUUCUGCUCAGACGUUAUCAGAUCACGAAACAAACAACAGCAAAAAAGUAUAUUUAUUCUACACAUUUUCUCUGUUACUACAGACUGGAAACCAUCAACAUUACGUCUUUGUUUUGUUUUCCUGGACACGUUUCUGUCGAGUUGAUCUCAAAUUUGACUUCCCUUUGUUAGAGAAAUGUAUUCUAGCUCUCCAGCCAUGUAUAUCAGUACUAGCCUUUCCCUUAGUUUAUUUUUUUUUUGACUGCCAAUAUUUAAAACACUAUAGCAUGAUGUUACUCUGUAGCAAGAUGGACUUUAUUUUGUCAUCUACCCCCCCUUUAAAAUUUUGUGUUUUGUGUUUGUAUUUAAUUUCUUUGUUUAUAACCGUCAACGUUUUUGUGAUCAGAAAUAACAUCCCUGCAGUUUAAAAUCCUAAUAUUCAUCAUUUCACUGUAGUUAUGUCGAUAUGUUAGUCUCUGAUUUGUAAAGCACUCUUCUACUACUUCUUCUUUUUGUUCCACAGAUGUUUUUUUUUCUCUUUUCGAAUGGUGCUAGAUGUCAUUUGUGACGUAUCCUGUACGCCAUGAUACAAUGGGUGCAUAUCAGGACCUUUUUGAAUUUUCUGUAUACGGCACAAGGAUCUUGAUUUGGUGUUAUCAAUCCACAGUCCUUACCCCUCUUUGUUUUUAUGUUCAUAUAUAUAUAUAUAUAUAUAUAUACAUACAUACAUACACAUAUAUAUGUAUAUAUGUAUAUGACCCCCCUUCCCAAACUGGUCACUUAAGUAAUUCUGGAAACUGAAGACCAGCUCGUUGAAAAUGCAUGAUUUUCUUAUUAUUUUAAAUCAUAACGUAAUAAUUUUUAGGAAAGUUGUAUAUGCAACAAAUCCCCCAGUCCCUCUGAACUAAUGUCCAGGUGUUGGAGAUGUUAUGAACAGUUGUUAGGAUGCACAGCAGCAUGUAAGAGGAGGAGUGGUGGUCGGUUUGUGAGAACCUGCUGCACCAGACUUGAUGUCUCUAGUUUACUGUUGCCUCCUAAAAGAAAAGGGCAGGUGUGGUGUUAUUACUUCCCUUGUAUCUCCCCCUCUAUGUAAUUACAACUAUCUACAUAUUGUUUUCUUUAAACUAGCAAUUAGUCCCUGUAUGUUUGUUUUUAAAUUUUAAAUUGCCCCAUUUGAUGCAACAUUUUAGUAUUCAGCGAGGGUGGGUUUUUUAUUUUAUUUUUUUUACUUACUAAUUUUCCCAUAGGGGCGGGUGGGGUUGACAGGUUAUGAUGAGUUGUGCAUAAGCCAAUUAUGUUUAUGAUUUUUGAUUAAUGUUGAUAGAAAAACUCCCCCCCUUUCACCCCUUCAGUCUUUUUCUUUCUUUACACAUUGUAAAGUCAGCCAGAGAUGACAAACAGUUCUGAACAGCAGAAAUAAAUUCAAUAAACUGUUUAACCCA